AUGAAGAGGGGGUGGGGUCUGCAAAUGCGGUCUGCCGUGCGGCACCCGGCCUGGUGCUGCAACACCUCACUAUCCACGCUUCGUGCUCGAGAGCCCGCCACUGCCCGCAUGUGCACCGGCCCAGCCUCGCUCCUCCCGCGGUACUCCACCACCUACUCGGGGUGCCCGAGUCGACCCAUGCGCCUGCUGCUGCGACCGGCCACCACCGGCCUCCUGCCCGCCGUGAUGGGCUGUGCCGACGUGCGCCAGCGAGGCUUCUGGCAGGGUCGACGAAAGGAGAGCGCGGAGGAGCGGGAGGAGCGGGAGGAGAGGGAAAGGAGCCAGCCCAAGCGCAAGGGCCUCAUGGAGCGCAUCACCGGCACAUCGGACAAGAGCGUGAGCACCGUCUACACCGCCAUCGUCACCAACGCACUGGUCACGACGGUCAAGUUCGGGGCGUUCUUGGCCACAGGCUCCGCGUCCAUGCUCUCCGAAAGCGUCCACUCCCUGGGCGAUUCCCUCAACCAGGUCCUGCUGGCAAUCGGCAUUCGACGAAGCCAACAGAAACCCGACAGACGGCACCCAUAUGGCUACGGGCGGGAACGAUUCGUGUGGUCGCUCAUCUCGGCCGUGGGUGUCUUCUUCUUGGGGAGCGGAGUGACGGUGUACCACGGCAUCUCCUCGCUCAUCGUGCCGCCGGAGCUCGCCGACUUGCCCAUCGCCUUCGGAGUGCUCGGCAUAUCGUUUGUGCUGGAGGGCGGUACCCUCUUCAUGGCCUUCAGGGCUGUGCGAGAUGGCGCCAAGGAGACGGGAAUGAGCAUCAAGGAGUACAUCUUGGACGGGCCUGACCCAAUGUCGGUGGCCGUGCUCGUCGAGGACUCGAUCGCCAACUCAGGAGCAGGAGCCACGUUCACUGACAUCUGUGUGGCCCAGGUCACUGGAGUCUGUGUAGCCGGCCUUGCGCUUGGGUUCACGCAUUACACGGGGAGCGCUUUGUUCGAUGCUUGCGGAUCGAUCAUGAUCGGCGGCUUGAUGGGCACCGCUGCGCUCUUCCUCAUCGAGAAGAACCGCCGCCUGCUCCUGGGCACCUCGGUGCCCAAGAAGAAACGCAUCUCGAUGAUCAAGGUUGAUUCUCGUCUCUCACCAUACACCAUCGUGGCCCUGCGUCAGUUCCUCGAGGCCGACCCGACCAUCUUGGCAGUGCACGACGCCAAGGGAGAGAUCUUCAGCCCCGGCAACAUGCGAUUCAAGGCCGAGAUCGAGUUCGAUGGCCGACAGAUCGCGAGGCGGUACAUCGACAAGAACUACCCCAAUAUCGGCGAGCUCCACGAGACAGUCCAAACCCCCGCACAACUCGAGGAGCUGCUGGUCACCUACGGCAAUGGGAUGGUGCAGCACCUGGGGGAUGAGGUGGAUCGGAUCGAGACCGAGCUCAGGCGGCGCUUCCCCUCCGCCAAGCACAUCGACCUCGAAACCGACUGA